AUGGACUCAAAUAGACGCAAGUUCCUCGCUGCCGCAUUGGCCUACAAGUCCUCAAAACUGAUCCUCGAUCAUGCAGUCCAGUCCGACCUCAAAGCGCGCCAGCAUUACCAUGAUAUCAUCUUUUCCUCCUCGGCCAUCAUUCAACAGCGUCUACAACAAUCUCAGACGCAAUGCAGUCUGAUGUUCAAUUUCCUUGGCGUGACACCAACGCGAGCGGCAGCGAUCGCUCAUGUAAAUCCGAGCACUAACAGACCGACUGACGGCUUCCACAAAACAAUCUAUCAGGAUUUGCUGUGUAUCAGCCGCAUGGAAAAGUACUAUCGUUCUCAAGAAGCAAUCUGCAGCCCAAUAGAAGGUCGUACCAAGCAUGACGACGUGGCUAAGAAUAUCGGCGAACAGUCGAAGGACACAGCGCCGGGAUGGCUGCUCCGGUCAAUCAAGAGCCGACCGAAGAAGCAUGUCGUCCUUCAAUCGAACCAAGGUUACCCACGAUCUACAGAUCAACUUACUUGGCCGGAUGUACUGGAGUUGAAACAAACAAUACCCGCAACGGAACUUACGUUCGAAUCACUCUCGACAUUGACGCCUACAUCGUCAACGCGGACGUCAUUUUGGCCACUACGCACGGAUUCUGAAUUCGACUCUGACUCUGACAGCGUACGCUCUCUCUUGCUAUCGCCCAAGUCCCAGCCUUGCGAUAGAACUGCAUCUUCAUCUUCAGAUGUUGAUCCCAAGCGCCGCAUGAGUGGUGCGAGCUCCUCUAUGAUCCACAUUUCAUCGAUGGAGGAUGUAGAAUCGCAGUUGUGGACACUGCCAACAAAUGCGGAUAUGGAAGAUAAAGGCGCGCCGGCAACUGCUACACGUGCUUUAGCUGCUGUCGAGGCAUUAAAAGUUGUGAAUUGCAUGCGAGAGAAAUUGGAGCACGCAGAGCAGGAGAUGCGACUCAGAAGGUUGGCGCUCUCGGAUGCGUUGUUGACGCGGGUGGCAUGCCUAGAUGCCCGGUCAGGCAACCGUGAAUACGGGGAGUAUGUAGUCCCUGCAAAUAACGCCGACAACGCAGGUGUUGGAUGUGGAAGGGAUGGGCUAUAUGCACUGUGGUAA